GGCGGCGGUGGAGAAGGAUGUCUUCAACUAGAUAUCUGACGCUGGGAGUCGGGCCCAGGGUUUCCCAACGCCAUAGCGAGCAGUACACAGCCAGAUGCCCAGAACUAGUUUUUUUUUCCUUUCUUUUUACGCGUUGUUUUCGUCCUUCUUGCGAAUGGGUGAUCCCAAAGCAAGAAGGCUCGACGAUGAAGCGGCAUCCUCAAAGACAUCGCUAUCACGCUUAGGGAAGGGGGGUGGUUGGUGGUGGGCAGUGGGCGGUGGGCAGUGGUGGGUGGUGGGCAGUGGGUGCGCUCUAGGAACUCUACUCUACCUAUCCAACAAACCCUGAGUGAUCUACACAGACACCAAAGUAGAUUUCACAGUUUACGUGCGGCCAGGAGGACAUCGACAGCUUCAUUCCCCCCACUCCAUCUCCGCUCGACUUCAUUCCACGAAGUCAUAGGUCGAGCCAGUCCAUCGUAGGAGAUAUAGGCAGUCAGCCUCAAAGUACCGUCUGCAUGGCCAUCCAGUGCGGUUGACGAGUACGGAGCCUACCUAUAUGUACUCUGCAGUAGAUACUUUGUUAACCUGCAUACUCUGCAUACUCCAUAUGCUCUCUUCGUAUGUAAAUAUGUAGGUGCCCUGCGCCAAAGCGGCGGUGCUUCGGCAGCUGCUGCUGCUGCGGUCGUGCGAAGAAUCGAGCACUCUCGUGGUGUGUCAUCCUCGCGUUCCUGUCGUUCGGGAAGGUCGUUUCGAGAUGAGUUGCGGAGUUGCGAUCGCAUGCAUCACAUCACAUCACGGAAGCCUUCCGACGAGAUGGCGGUGUCGCGCAUCUCCGUCCAUCCGUUUGCUUGUUCGUCUGUUUGUUUGUUG